AUGCAAAAUUUUGUCGACUUGGAUCACAUAAGAACUAGUAAUGUAACUUCGGAAAAUCACCAUAAAAUAUUGAAAAAUGUUGAAGAAGUUAGUGAAAAUAAUAAUAAUAAUAAUAAAAAUGAUCAAAAUUGUUUAAUAAGUGAAAAUAUGCAUAAUAAUAUAUCUUAUGUAUGUAAUAAUAAUAUUGAUGACAAACAUACACUAAAGCAUUUAAAAACAAAGGAUAUUACUGAUCAGAAUUUUCUUAUUCAUUCAGAUAAUUACUUAAGAAAUAAUGAACAUUCUAAGGAAAUUUUUAAAAAUGAUGAAUCAAACACAAAAAAUUUAGAAGAAGCUGUUAAUAGAAGAAGAAAAAUUAGAGAAAUGAUAUCAGCAUAUAAUUCGUUAAAUUUAUCUAGUUGUAAUUUAGAUAACAUAGAUAUUCAAAAAAAAAUAUCAUUACAUCAUUUUGAUUACAAUAAUGAUGAAGAUGAUAAAUGCGAAAGUUUUGUUAAAAAAAAUAUACCAGAAGAAAACUAUACGGAUAAGUUUCAUAAAAACCAAAAUAAGAAGGAAAAUAAUUAUAAUUAUGAUUCAAGUAUCACAUAUAAAAAUAAUGAUAUAUCAUCAUGUAAUAAUUAUUCCUAUUACUGUAAUAACGAUAAUAUAAAAUCUAGGAUAAAUGAAAAUAUACUAGAUAAGUCAUUUAUUAAUGAUGAUGAUGAAAUGGAUGAUUAUAAGACAUUUUUAACACUUGAUAGUAAUCAAACCAUCUUUAAGAAAAAACCUCUUAAGCUUCCGGAUAUUUCAUUUCUUAAUAAUAGCAGUAGGAAUUAUAAUACUAUGCAUAAUGAUGAUAAUGAUAAUGAUAUUCUAAGGAAAAAAAUAAUUUAUGAAAAAUUAGAUUUAUCAUCAUUCUGUUAUGAUGAUAAUAAAAACAUAAAUUUUCUUUCUCAAUGCAAUGGUGAAAAUUCUACAUUACAAAAGAGAACAGGUAUAAAUGAAUUUAAUAAAGUUUGUGUAGAUAACAAUAUUAGUUUUUAUGAAUUAAAAAAGGAAAGUAAAAACAACAUAGUUAAGAAUUACAUAAAAAUCAAUAAAGUAGAAAAUUCAAAUAUAGAACAGCUAAUUAAUAAUAAUUUAAGUCAUUCUAAUAAUUAUGUAGAUAAAAAAAUUAAAAGUUAUGAACAAAAACAUUUGAAAGAAAAUAGUUAUGCAAAUAGAUUAUCAUCCAAGAAUGAUUUAGAUAAUGCCUAUUUUAAAUAUUACAAUUUACAUAGUAGUAGAAAACCAAACGAUAAGAAUAAUAAUUUACAUAGUAGUACAGUAAAAACCAAGAAGGAACAAAAUAUAAAUUUCAUAAAUAAAAUUAGUAAUGCAAGUAUUGUUUAUUCAUCUGAACUUAAAUAUAGUAAUUUACCUGAAAAUAUAAGUAAAAAAAAUUACAAAAAUUACAAUAAUAGUAAGUAUGAAAAUAUAGAUAAUGAACAUCUAAAUGAUAAAGUAAAAUUUUCUCUUGAAGAAAAAACGUAUUUGAAUUCUUCAUAUAUUAAAAAUAUAGAAAAAUUUAAAGAAUUAUUAAUUAAUGCAACAAAGGAUAAUUUAAAUGAGUAUGUAAAAUGCUUACAAAAUAUUAAUAAUAAGAAGUUAAGAAAUUAUAAGCAUUAUGUUAAACAAGUAAAUAAUUAUAGCAUAAGUCAAUAUUUAAAUACUACUUUUAGGGCAUCUGUUCCUCAAAAAAAUAUUAGAGAAUUAAUGUUAAAUAACUCAGAUACAUUUUCUUCUAUACAAAAAUGCUUAAAUGAAAGUGAUGAUUUAAGCACAACAACACAUAGUGACAAUAGUAGCAUUAGUAAUUUUACAUAUAAAAGUUUAAUAAAUAGUAAUAAUAACAAUAAUAAUCUUAGUUUGAAAAUUUAUAAAAGAAAAAAAAAAUAUCAUUUAAGGAACACUAGUACAUUAUCAACCACUUCUACUAAUGAAAUUAAUUCUUGUUCUGAAAAAAUAAAAAAUGAAAUAAGCUUUAGUUUAGCUAAUAAAAAUAGACAAAAAAAGUAUGAUAAAAGUAGUUAUAGUUUUAGUAAUGUUAAUCCAAAAUUAGAAAAUGUUAUUAAUAAAAAUAAUUUUCCUAAUAUUAAAGAAAAUGAUUUUUAUAAUUUAAAAAGAUUAGAUAAUUUAAAUGUAAAAAACGUAAAAAAAGAGCAGAAUUUAGAUAUAAAUGAUAGUUUAAAAAGUAAUUAUAUUAAGCGAAUUUUAAAAAAAAAAAAUUUGUAUGAACCUUUAGAAAAUUAUAUUGUUGAAAAAAAAAUUUGUAAUUCUGAUUAUGCAAACAAUUAUAAAAAUUAUGAUAAAGAUAAUUUUAAAGAAAAUGAGUAUAUAUGUUCUUUAAAAAAAAAAAAAAAAAAAAAAAGAAAUAUAAACAACAAUAUUAAUUAUAUACAUAGUUCCAAAAAUAAAAAUAAAAAUAAAAAUUAUUUUCCUUUUAAUACAGAUUCUGAAGAUUAUAAUAAGAAGUUAAAUAGUUCAUCUGUUUCUUUGUUACGAAGUAAUUCAUGUGAAAAUAAUUACAAAAAAUUAUUAUCUAAUGACGAAUUAAAUAAAUCAAAUAAUCAAACAAAUAAUACUACAAAUAAUAAAAAUAUCUUAUAUAUUAAAGAUGGUGAUAAUAAUAUCAAAUAUGAAGACAACAACUACCAUGAGGUAGACAAAUUCCCAAGACAAUCAUUAUUUAAUUGUACAAAUAAUUUUCUAAGCAAAAAUGUAUUAUCUAAUAUAAACCAAGAUAAUGUAAAUGAGGAAAAUAUGUAUGAAUUAGGACAAAUUAGAAAAAAUGAAGAUACUAAUGGAAAUAAUAGUUGUGAAAGCAAUAGAAGUAAUAUGAACAAUGAAGAUUUUAGUUAUAUAAAUUUUUUAAAGAAUAGGAAUUUUAUUAAUAUUCAUGAUAAUGCUUCAAAAAAUGGAAAAAUGGAAAAUAAUAAUGUAAUAUAUCUACAAAAUGAUACAUGUGAAAGUAAUAUUAAUAAUGAUCUUUUGAAUAAAAAAAAAAGUUUAUGUUUAAGUAAAAAAAAUUCAGAAGAUUUUCCGAUGUAUGAUAAAAAAUUAAUAAAAAUUGAUUCUUUAACUAAAGAACGUAAUAAAAUUUCUUACAAAGAUUCUAGCUUAAUUAGAAAUAACAAUUUAUUUUAUUUUAAUAAUGUAGAUGAUAAAAAUGAAAUAAAUAGUAUAGAAAAAAAAAAUGAAAAUAUUUUAUUGAAUAAUAUAAAAAGAGAAAAUUUCGAUAAUUCUAUAUUUAUAAAUAAAAAAGAGAAAGAUAGUGUAAGCAUUGAUGUUUUAAAUUUUAAUUUUCAAAGUAGUCCAAAUAAUAAUGUAAAUUUGAAUAAAAAUAAUUUUGAAAUUCCAAAUAAUAUUCAAGAAUACAACUGCCAAUAUCCUGAACACGCAAAUAAAAGUGAAGGAAGAGAUAUUGGAGAAAUUAUUAGAAAUAAUAAAACGAGAAUAGAAAAUUUAUAUGAUAAUGAACCAAGUCAAAGCGAUUACUAUUUAAGUGAAAAUACAAGUGAAUGCAAAUAUAAUAUAAACGAAAAUAUAGAAGAUAACAAAAACUCUCGCCCUUUUUUAAAUAAAUAUGAUUAUUUUUAUAAAUCCUUAAAAGAAAACUCUUAUUCCUUUAAUUCAUAUAAGGAAGAUAUUGAAAAUAAAAGUGUUAUCGGAUGUUCACUUGAUAGUUUUAAUGAGGAAUUUGAUAAUCCAAUUUCGGCACCUACACCAGCUGCAUCCAGUUUUUCUAAUAUAAGUUUAAACUCAUCUUAUAAUAAAAAUUUUAACAAAUUGAACGUAUUUAACUUGAAAAAUAACCAAAAUAAUAAUGUAUGUGAAAUACAUAAUCAUUUGAAUGAUCAAAAAUAUUAUAUGAACAUUGAUGAAUUAAAAAAAGGUAACUUUUAUAAUAAUAAUAAUAGUAAAAGUAAUUAUGAUAAAAGUAGUACUGGUAAUAAAAAUUUCAAUAAUAGUAAGGAAAAAAACAUAAAUUUAAAUUUAGUAAGCGAUAAAAAUAAGCAUAAUAUUUAUGAAAAUCAUAGGCAUACAAUAAAUACUAAUAAAGGAGAAAAUUCUUAUUCUGUUAAUCAUUUUCUUAAUAAAAAAUAUGAAAUGUCAAAUGCUUCUACUAAUUUUUUAAAAAAUAACAUAAAUAAUACAGAAAAUAAUUUUGAUUUUAUAAAUAAUAAAAAAUAUAAUGACAAUUCACAAAUAUUGAUAGAUAAAAAAUAUACUAAUUUCACUAACGUUUUUAAAGACAAUAUAAACAAAAAAAAUAUUUCUGAUACAUUUAGUGAAAGUACUGUAAAUAAUAGAAAAAGUUUAAAUAGUAUUAUAACCAAUAAUAUAAACAAUUUGGAUAAAAAUUUGAUUCAUAACAAUGAAAAUAUUAUUAUUCAAAAACCGUUAUAUAAAGAGAUAUACAACAAUUAUACUUUUAGUAAAAAAAAUAAUUCACCUGAAACGUUAACAAAUAAUUUAAUAAAUUUAACAGAACCCAAUUGGAAUUACAAGAAAACAAAUAAAAAUAGUGUCAAUAAAAUAGUAAAUACUUUAGAAAUAAAAGACAUAAAGAUAAACACAAAACAAGGAAUAUUUGAAAUAACAUCUGUUGGAGAAGUAAUUUUUACAUUUUUAGGAAGAUCAGAAAUCAAAAGAUAUAAAAAUGUAAAAAAAAAAAACAUGAAUAUAGACAUAUCAAAACCAAGAAAGUUAUUAUUUAUAAUUGAAAUAGAUGGAAUAAAUAUCAAAAUAAAAGAUGUGUUAAUGAAUGAAGUUCUAGACUACUAUAAUAUAUUUGAGGAAGAAUUACCAAAAACACACAAUGCAAGGUAUGAAUAUGCAUACAAUGUAGUUGAAACGUUAAAAAAGCAUACACCUAAAGUAUCUUUAACAAAAAAAUGGUUUGGUACAUAUCAUUUAAUGAGCAAUGGAAGCACUCCUGAUUUUAUUGCAAUAUUGAAUAACAAUAUGUUUAUUGAAAAAGUUGAAAUUAAAAAUAAUCAUGUAACAUUUAUUUUAAAAGAUAGAACUAGUAUAACCAUACAUAAUGAUGAUUUGAAUGAAAUAACCACAAACUUUACUAAAAAAACAAUAGAGGAAAAAGAAAAAAGUGUAAAUGAUAGUAAAGGAAGUUAUAAUUUUUUAAAGGAAAUGAAAGGAGAUAAUGAAGAUAUAAAAAUUAUUUUGAUGAAUUUACAAAAAUUGUUAAAAAAGACAGGGGUGUCAAUUGAUAUAAUUAUUCAAAAUUGGUGUAAUACUUUACAUGCCUAUUCACAUUGUCUUAGUUUAUUAACAAAAGGAAAUGCAGAAUAUACAUUGAAACUAAAAAAAGCAUUAGCAGAUAUGACAGAAAAAACAGAAAUCCAUAGAAGGAACAUCUAUUUUUCUAUUUUCCCAAUAAUAAUAGAAGAAUAA